CAACUCUCCAAUUAAGAACUGUUUGAUUUUCUGCUCCAAAUAUUUUACCAAAGCAAUGGCUGCUGGAGCAUCUAAAUCACUAGCAUUUUUCCUUCUUUUUAUCAAUCUUGUGAUGUAUGCAAUUGUUUCAAUCAUUUCUGGAUGGGCUCUCCAGUAUGGAAUUGACAACGCGUACGAAAAAGCGUCUAGUUCGUCCAUGCCGGCUUACUUAUUUCCAAUAUACUUUCCUAUUGGAAACAUGGCAACGGGAUUUUUCGUGAUCUUCUCGCUCAUCGCUGGACUUGUGGGUAUCGCUACUUCGGUUUCUGGAAUCACUAACGUUCUUCAAUUCACAAGACCCAACUUAUAUUCAGCAGCUACCACUUCUAUUGUCAGUUGGGCUCUUACUCUUCUGGCCAUGGGAUUGGCUUGUAAAGAGAUAAAUAUUGGAUAUAGGAGUUCAAACUUGAGAGCUCUGGAGACAUUUACGAUCAUCCUAAGUGGUACUCAACUGUUUUGCGCGGGUGCUCUCCAUGCUGGGAUUAACAGCGCCAGGAGCUAAAGAAUUCGAAUGCAUAUGCUGGUUUUCAACUUGUCUAUUGUAAAAACUGAAUAUAUGCUUACAUUUCCAUAAUUGCAUGUACAUUCCAUGUAAUCUUUUCCUUUUGUUUUCCCUCUAUCCCAUUAUAAGGAAUUGUGAGUACCCCCUAAGUGAUGGCAAAUUGCUACUAUCUGAAUACAUUAAACACCCAUUGUUGUA